UACCAUCCACAGAACCGAGUAGAUCCCGUCACCCGCCACCUUUCUUUCCCACAUACACAAGCCCGCAAGCCCCCGUCGUCGAUCUCACUCGCUUCGACGGCCCGCCGUAGAUCCUCUCUGCACGGAUCGCCGUAGUUCCGUGCUGUUCCUGUCUUCAUAAUACUGUAGUAGUGACAGUACCGAGAUAGUCAUUGACGGACACAUGCCGCUAGGAGCGAUCCUACGACUAACUUCCUCUUAUUCCGUCGCGCCGCCUCGCGAAUACCAGGAGCCUGUUUUUUUCGGCGACCGUCCUUGAAUGGGAAUCGUUUGAGUUGCCGGAUAGACCAUAGCUGUUCUGUAGAACGAAUCCUGCUGCCGCCUUUCGGCUUGAUCAUGGGCCGAAACAGCCGUCUGAUCAGCGUUCGGCGGUUUUGGCCAAUUCUUGGCCGUCGAUUUCAUUCUCUUGUGUCUUCCGUCAGCCGUCCAUCUGAAAGCGGAUUCCGUCAAGCAUCAGUCAACUUCCCUGCCGCUACGUCAGGCUCCUUUAAUCACCGUGAUCGACAGCUCGCAUCAACGCUUCCCUCCAGCGCUGCAGCGAGCAUUCAAGCAUCAGCAAACGACCGUGCUGCGUUUCCCGCCAAUAGGAUCGUGAGUAGGCUUCCGAUCGUCGCAUCCUGGCCGUCCAUCCCAAGCGUUCGCUUCUCGAUCAGUUACCAUGCUGUCGCAACAGUUUCGACGACGAGAGAAGCCGAAGAGUCAAGAUCGAGAGAUGUUCAUUCGGUAGAGAUGGUUCGCGAAAUGCACCUUCUGCGAAAGUUCCACUACCAGCCGCGGAAGUUACUUCGAGCUAGUGACUCUUCAGUCGGCCAAGCACUGUCAACCUCCCAGUUUCCCGCCAAAACCCGCUCCAUUAACUCCAGGAAGAAAACCAGAAAAGAUUCGGGCCUGAAGGAUCAAAUCGCAGAGAGAGCUUCUGCCGAAGCAGCAGCUUCGGAAACUGUACUUGCCAAACCUGAUGCUGAGGCUGCGGAGUCAGGUGCGCUGGAGGCUCGGUCUGCCGAGCCUACGGAUCACUCGUUUGGUGCCACUGAGAGCAGCGAGACUGAAUCUGCCGGUGACUGGGUAAAUGUGACCGAGGCUGUGGAUGUGAUCGAGGGUAUUCUGUGCAAGAGGUUCGGGCCGGGCCUCAUGAAGUGGGCCGGGAAAAGAGGCAGCAAGCGGAAGAAGGGUCUUGAGGAAGUGGAGGAAGCGGAUGACUUUGUGAUUGUAGAGGAGGUGAUAGGCAGCAAGGAGGGACGGUUGACAGGAGUGGGGGUUGAUGGGCAAAGGAGACAGGGUGAAAGCAUCGAUGGGUGUGACGAUAACACCAUUGCCAACAGGAGCAGAAGCAGCGACAGCAGCAGCAGCAGUAGUGACGAAAGCAGCAGCAGAAGCAGCAGCAACAGCAGAACCAGUCCAACCACGAGCAGCACUAUUCCUCGUUCUCGAUCCCAACUAGGCCGGCCCAAGCGCACCACCACCCACGAGUCCCUUGCCGACCUCUACCGCUUCUUCUCCUCCCUCGGCAUCCACGACCCCUCCGCUGUUGCUGCCAUAAUCGCCUCAUGCCCGGCGUUUCUCAAGCCGGAACAACCCCUUCCCGAACUCCGCCAGAAAGUCGCGUUUCUCGAGUUACAGGGUGUGUCCUCGGCCGAUAUUGCCAAGCUGGUUGUGCUGGAUGCCGGGUGGUUACGGUCGUCUAUGGCUGGGUUGGGGGGUUCGAUUGGAUUUUUGAAAUCAGCAGGGGUUUCGGGGGAGAUGCUGGGAUCGGUGCUGCUGCUUUCCCCCAGGGUGCUGUGCCUUCCCAGCAGGACUAUGGCAGAAACGGUGCAGUUCUUAAAGAGACUACUGGGGGAGCAGGCUGCAAUGAGGGUGCUGUACAAAUUUCCCAUGGUUCUGACUAAGAAUGUGCGGAAUCUCGAGUCGAAGAUUGAGAUUCUGGGGAGGAUUCUAGGGGCGGGAUUGGUGAAUAAGAUCAUAGAGCGGUUCCCGCCGGUGCUGAAUGCGAGCGCUGCCUCUCUAGAAGACAAUUUCGACAAGUGGUGCACUGUGUUUCAAGGUGUGGAGAAGCUUCCGGAAGGCCUCAGGUGGAACCUGGGCGAGCUGGCUCUGUGCAGCGGGCAGAAAGCAGAGGAGGAGGUGAAGAAGACGAAGAGGAAGAAGCUGGGUGGGAAGGGGGAAGUGAGAAUGGAAGGGAAGGUCGGCUCGCUUGGGGAUUCAGCAGCAAGACAUGUUGUCUGUCAGUUUGUAACUUUCUGGCCGUACGCCCUCUUCUACAACUGGCAGCGCAACAUUGCCCCCAAGCUGCACUAUUUGCAGCACGACCUGAAGCUCCCCAUUACAGAGCUUCUUAGAUAUCCUCCCUUUCUGACGCUCAGCUUGGACCGGCGAAUCAGGCCGAGACACCUGGCGCUGGUGAAGGGUGGGUAUGUGGUGAAACCUCAUGAGGAGGUGCUUGGGAGUGGGAGGAGGAACAAUGAUGAUGGGGAGCCUGGUGCAAGUGAGAAGGCAUCUGAGGAUGGAUUCGGGCGGAUGGAACAGAAGGGGGUGUGUUUGUCACAGUUUCUUCCAUGCACAGAUGCCACUUUCCAAAGGAGGUUUCUUCAAGCAGGAGCAGAUCAAGGACCUGGAAACAAGGAGGCACUGAAAGUUGAUAUUUUCUGGAGCUAGAUUGUGUCAUGGAAAUCUGUGUCCAGCACAAGCAAGCCUUAUGAAUGACCAUGUGUUGGUAGAGCCAUAUAAUGUACCGGUACAACAGUAUUGAUGCC